ACAAUGUGAGCAGAUUCCUCUCCUGCGGUAGUACCCUUUGCCUUUUUAAGUGUGAUGCAUUACUAGCUUAUUUCAUUUGAAACUUAUUCUGUUUUUCCUUCCUUUUCCAUUUCGGCCAUUUUGUCCUUUAUGUUUCGCUAAAGUUCGAAAUAAGACAAAAGGAAGAGGGGGAAAAAAUAAGCAAAAGGUAGAGGAGAGAGUAACGAACGAAUUAAUAAAUGGGUGAGUGGAGCAGAGAAGUGGAACGCACUGAGAGAGGUCUCCAUAGCUGGUUAGCUUUACCUAGCUACAAUUUUUUGCAGUACAUAAAAAGGACCAUGUGACUCUUUUUUUUUUUUUUUGGGAGCCUUUUUGUGGAGGACUUUUUUGAAGUUCUUUUUUAAUUCUUAAGGACCCGCUGCGGAAAAAUGGUCGCCAGAGAAAUAGUACCCGAAAUAGACAAAUGCAAAGGGGGCACGCAGCAGCGAAGCCGAGUAAGCUGGCCAGGCUGCUAACACUGCCAAAGUGCUAAAGCUGCUAAACUGUUAAACUGUUAAAACUGCUAAACUGCUAACAGUGCUAAUACGGCUUACCUGUUGGGCGGGCGGACGAAUGAACCAAUCGGCCAAUCGGCCCAGCAACCGAGUGAGCUGCGGCAUAACGGGCAGCUGGCACACGCACGGGGAAAAAUGAUAAGGAAAGAGUCCAACAUAUACGACAAGCUGGACCGGAUAGUGUGCGAGGUGCUGCGAAACAUAGAUGCAGAUGCUAAAGGCGUAGGUGAAGAGGCACACAAUAAGGGGAGUGCAAAUGAUGCCGAUGAAAAAAACAUAAACGAACGGGUGUAUAAAAAAUUCUUCGAACUCUUUAACAGGGAGAGUUACCUAGAAAAGCUAACACACGACGAAUUAGUAGCAACAUAUAGAGACAAAAAUGCACACAAAUACCUAUUUUACAUGUUCGAAUGUCUGCUUAAUAAAAUCACCCAAACGAGGAAUGUAAGACAUUUAGAUUUUUUAUUUCUCAUACUGAGGUACAUUACAUAUCUGUGGUUUUUGCUGUCCAAUGAUGAUAAAUUAGUUUUAAUUUUCUACUACUAUUUCAAGUUCGUGGAUUUGUUGUUUAAUUUAAAAUUUGUGAGAUGUUCCUUUUUUGUGAAUAUUUACAAUUUGCUGAUUUAUUUUUAUAUGAAAGAUAAAGGGAAAAAAAAACAAAAAAUCGUCUUUCCAGUGAAAAAAUUAACCGAGAAGGAAGCAGGCUUCCACAUAAAAAAUGUCAUAUCGGAACUGAACAGAAUAAUUGCAAAUGAAAAUGCUCACUUUGUUGAGACUGUUGGGAGGGAAAAAAAUUUUGUGAGUCUCCAAAGUGAUGCCCUGUCACAUGGAAAGGCAGAAAGGAGAAAUUUGCCGCCAAAUGCGGAAGAGGAUGCAUCUACAUACGGGGGUACGCAAAAUGUGUAUGACUACCUAUGGGUAGGCCAUCAUCAAGGGGAAAGCGAGCCUCAGGGAAAGAAGCAUAAAAAUAAACAUACGGAAAAGAUAAAAUCAGAUGGAUCCGAGGAAGACAAAUCAUUUUACCUCAUAACAAAAUGUCAAAAUUGGCGUAAUGAGAAUUCUACCUUCCCAAUUUUGAGCAUUUUCUCAGUUAGCAGCUCAUAUAAUCUCUUUUUAAACAUCACGAAGCAUUUGUUCAAAAUUAGUGUCUACGAUUUUUGUACCUUUUUCCCCCUCCUUAGUAUGCUUAACGUGGAAUGUCUACUUUCCCAUUUUCACCUUUUUGAAAUUUUGCACUAUGUCCAACUGGAGGAGGUGCACUCGGAUACAAAUGACUCCAAAAAGGAAACAAAAAUUGUCUCAAUUAGUUCCUGCCAAUCUUCACCUUACAAAGGGAAUGAGCAAGUCACCACAGGGGGGAAGAAAACCCCCUCAAACAGCGAAGUUAUUUUUUCAAAUAAUAAUAAAAGUAACAGAAAAAUUUUGUGGAAUAUCCUUUUUGAAGAGCUAAAAAAGGUAUACAUGGUAGACACGAAAAAUGUGAACUACACAUUAAAAAUGUUAAAGUACUCUUUUAGCUUUUUCCUGUUUGAAGAAAAAUUUGCUCCAAAAUGUAAAGAAGGGGAAACUCACGUGACCAAUAAAAAAGAACACACCUUCGCGCUCAUUUCGCAAGUAUACCUAAAGGAGUUACUAAAAUUCUGCCUCUCCUUUGUGAAUAAUUUAAUGAGCUCAAGAGCGCUAAAGGAGGAAGUCAUUUUUAAGGCCAUUUCGUACGUAUUUUAUUUGCUUUCCAAAUUGAUAUGCAACACGAGUAAUAACCUUAGAAAGUACAUUCUGCUCAACAACGAUAAUAAUCUCACCCUCGUUGCGCUAAUUACGUAUGUGUAUAAAUACUUCAAAAGGGUUUACCUGGAAAAGAACGCAUCGGGGGAGGUGCACAAGGGGGGUGGAGGCGCUGUUGGAAUGGGUGGAAGUGGUGUAAUUGGUGGAAGUGGAAGUCAAAAUAAAUUCAAGUACACAUUCGUAACGCUCGAAAAGGUGUACCAGAAAAUUCAAGAGUGCUUGUACAUCGUCCUAACCGUUGACGAAUUUGUUGAAGGGAAUACCAGAAAAAAGCUAGCUCAAUGUAGUGAUGGGGCGAUACCCCAUUUGGAGGGACAUCAAAGCAAUAGACAGCAUGUAGAUAGCUGCGACCUUUUCUUUUGUAUCAUCAUCAAGAUUAACAAAAUGAACAUGUUCUACUCCAAUUUGGACAUUAUCAAAAUGCUGUCGCAGAAGGAUAGGAGCGUUUUCAGAAAAUACAUAUACACCAUUAACAAGAACAAUGAAAAUUUUGGCUCCUUUUUUUCGUGUGUACUAAAUAUUGAGUAUAACGAAAAUCAGCAUGACUUGGUUUUAAAAAAGUACAUCUCUAAUUUGAAGGAAAAAAAAAAAUAUAAAAAUAAAAAGUUAAUCAAGCUUAUGAAGCCUUACCAUUCCCCCCUCAAGUACAUCAUUUUGAAAAACCAAAUUGACCAAGAUGGGGCAAAAAAGAAUUCCGGUUCCGCAAGGAAAAGCACCCUGGCAGUUAAUUUCUCUCAUAGGAAUUACGACCUUAGUACCUUCGAGGGAGAUAAGCGGAAGGCUAUUAACUUGCGAGCCAAAAGGAAGAGCAUGUACGAGUUUGGGAGAGGUGAGAAGGGGGGCGGUCGUUCCAGGCCCCUCCAGGGUGACGACGGGAUGGAUGGCGACACAGUAGGUGAAUUCGCAUCUGACGAAAACGCAUCUGAUGAAAGCGCACCUGACGAAAGCGCAUCCGAUGAAAGCGCAUCCGACGAAACCGCACCCGACGAGACCGCAUCUGAUGAUGACCCCUCCGAUGGCGAGGAGACCGAACCCAGUGACAACCCCGCAAGCUGCCCACGCAGCUGCCGUAAGGAGUACUUUUCCGACGGACUGAAGCGCGCGAAGGUGAAAAAAAAAGACAUGCCCAUAUUCGAAAAUUCGAUCCUUCGAAUCAGGAAGAAGCAGCUGAACGGAACCAACAUAGAUUUUAAAAACGUCUGCCAUAGCAUCACUCUGUCCAUUAAAAGGUGCAUACUAAUCUCAGAGAGUAUUAUUACCUACUUCAAAAUUCACGAAGAGUUUGAAGCUAACUUUAACAUUUACGUGUGCAAAAAUAUAUUUAUUAAUUUUUUACGAGUUUGCCUGCUAAGCGCCAGUCUCUUUUCCUACCUCUGCGUUAAGCUGAACUAUGACGAGAUGCUGAAGCAGAUGUACGACUCGAAUUUGAUCAUUAUGUCGUACAACAUUUUUGACAAAUAUAUCAGUUUCGUGUUGGACCAGGACGUCAAACAGUUGCGCAAGCAUAAGAACGUGUUGCAGGUGCCUAGCAGGCGGUUGAACAGGGGGGAGGCAGCAGCUGGCCGCUCCGCCGGGGCGAAGGAGCAGAGGGAAGCCCCCUCCACGGUAAGCGCCCCCACGGUUACCACCUCCACCAGCGCUAUUCCCCCGGCGCAGCUGCACCGGGACGACAUAUACGACGUGCUGGGCGCCCGGGAGAGCCAACGCGGGAGCGCCUUCUUCCUGUCGGACCAAGACGAAUUCAUCGAGACGCUCUACCUGAACACGUUCAUGAUUGUGAUAAGCAUCAUUUCGGUGUGGGAAAUGUACCUAGAAAUUCCCGUAGAAGUUCUAAACAAAAUGAAGUACACCUUUUUCGAGCUAUUUUACAACACCACAAUUAAAAUCAUAAAGUUUAUAAAAAAGGACAAGGGGUUUUUCUUCCUACUGAACAUUUUAAAAUUCAUUUAUCUCAAAUUUGUCAGCCUCCCUUUUAACCCAAUAAACAUACACACCACAAUAAAGCUGCACGACUUUUACGAGUUCCUCAUUAAUGAUGGCGACGAAGAUGUGAAGAAAGAGGAGGAGCAAAAAUUUAAUAGUGAAAAUAUGUACCUAAAUUCGAUUAGCCCCCUCAAAUUUUUGAAUAACCCAGAGAAUGACGCACACAGGAAGAGCCUUAGCAGUGUACAAAAAUUCAGCCUAACUUCUGACGACCGCGUAGUGCCAAACGAACAUGACUACAAUGUGCUAAGUGUAAGUAAAAAGAAGAGGGUAAGCAUGGGGGGGUUAGUUCCCGUGUUUUUAAAUAACCACAGCAGCAAGAAGAGGAGGAGGACCAACAUCGACCCGUACACCUCGUAUGACAGUUUUGAAAAUAACGAUAACGGUUCCUGCUGCUCGGUGAGGAAGGGCCCCUCUGCUGGUCACGCACAAAUGGGUGAUAAAACGGGCGCGAGGGUGCAGUACGAUUUGCGCGAGGGAGAAUACGAAGGUGAAAGUGUCAAUGUUAAUGCUAAUGCUAGUGCCAGUGCUAAUGUCGAUUUCAAUGCCAGUGCCAAUGCCAACGCGACGCCGAAACGGAACCAUGACUACGCGCAAUCAGGGGAAGGGAACGAAAGCGACAUCUUUAGAAGCACCUACCUGAGCAACUACUACAUCCCGCACAUCGAUCUGCUGUUCAUCAUCGUCGAUUUGGAAGUCUUUCACUACUUCGAAAAGAAGGAGUACAAAAAAAUAAUCCUCUCCGUGGAGAACGCCUUCAAAAGUAUUAUCAGCAAAUGUGACUACAACACCAAGGAGUACUUACGAUCGUCCAUUUCGUACAUUUACAACAGCUACCAACAAGUGCAUCUGCGUGACAGCAAAAUUAACAUCCAAAGUUGCAUCGUCAUUAGGCACAUAUUUAACCUUUACAUCAAAUCUAAGGUCUUCUAUUUGAGCAAAAAAAUUAAAAAAAAAUUAGCACACUAUAAGGACAGCUACACCAAUGAUGGGGUGCUAAAAAUGGGUUACAACAAAAUUUAUAACAGCCUUUUUAGCAGCGAAAAGUGGAAGAACUUUUUUUACUUCCUGUGCGAAAGUGACAACCUAGGAAGAAACAAAAGGGAGAAAAUUAUAAACAAUCUGCUGACCGUACAUAUAAACACGUUGCUUUUUUUGAUAUUUUAUGAGUACCUAUCCAAGUAUGUGACUAAAAAGUUCAUAUUUUUCUUCCGCUUCUUCCUAUUUUUGUUUAACAAAUUAUGUGUUGCCAUUCUAAGUUUGGUGAAUUCGUCAAACCACCUCGAAAUUUUUAACCUUUUCGAUUGGCGCAAUAUCACUCGAGCAAGCCACACACAGGGAGAGGAAGAACUGGCUGACAAGGUAAGGAGAGCCAUACGCCUCGUUCAAAACUGCUCCAUAUACCCACAGGAUGAGGAGGUGUCUCCCUACAAAAUUUACAGCCAGGGUGGAAGACACACCAAGGGUAGAAAUAAACCAAUUGUCAUGAUCGACAUUGAUGAACUGCUAGUCACCUACAUCCAGCUGAACUUCACAUUUUGCAGAUCGUGCUGCUUUUUCAUUUUCUUCAAAAAUGUCUGCUCGCAAAAGUAUGAAAUGAUUUUGAGGGAGAACUUCACUAGCAGCUAUUUUGAGCGGUUUAAGAAUAACCGGGAUUUGUUCGACCCCGUGGAGGCUGUGAAGGGGGAGAAGACUGGGCGGAGGGGCGACGAGUGGGGGGAAGGCCACACCGCGUACCAAGCGUACACCACACAAACCGCUUACCCCGCGCACACCACACACACCGCAGAAGGGGCCACCCCCUUCGGGGAACCAACUCUUAAUGACUCCUUUGACGAAGAGUCGGACGACAACCACAGAAGCGACUCCAGCAGCUCAGGUCUCUCCCAGUCCAGCUUCACCCUCAUAGAGUACACGGACUAUUCCAACAACGUAGAUUACAUUUUCCUAGAAUUUAUUUUAGAAAAAAUAGAAGAAAUGGACGUGGAUUAUUACUACAGGAAUGUACUUAACAAUUGUUACUACGUCAUCAAAAUAGAAACACUUUAUAAUUACAUAUACGGAAAUGAGCAGCUGUUAAGCAGAUUUGCUUUCCUAAAUAGUGUGUACUACCUGUACAAGUUGUACUACCACAUGUUUGUCUGGUCUUGCAAUAAGAGCUAUGUCAUGGGUAAGGAGAACAUCUCUGCUGAGGGGAUCAACGGAGGAGAAAAUUUAACCAGUCUGUACAAUGACAUCUUUUACCUCUUCGAUGUGAACCGCAUUUUGGGGGAAACCUUCUCCAGCAGGUAUGUGCAGCUGGUCGAUCAGUUCGGGGCCUCCGAUUUUACCCCAAGUGGAACGCCCGACAAAACUGGCAGAAUUGCUCCCUACGGCUGCGAAGAUAAUUACCGCCCAACUGAUCGGAGAAGCAUCGAAGAGUCGCCCUACUUCGUGUGCAACAUUUACAACUUCAAAUUGAAAUUGUUCCACCCGCUAAAUUUUGAAAAAAGGGACUUGGCCAAAGGGAGGAAAAAAAACACAUUCAGCAACUUCCUAAUGGUUAACAGAAAUUAUCUACUGGACUUGAAGCAUAAGUAUGCCAAAGUGAACAAGUACAUAAGGAGCUACUUGGUCUACCUCUACCACGUAGUUCUUCGCUUUUAUUUCAAUGAAUAUGACAUAGACGGGGAGAAAUUAUCUUUUCACCACAUUGCGUACUCUUUUCAAAGUGCGUUCCACACGUUUAACAGUAAAAUAUGCAGCAGUCCUCAUGACAUGGUGUGCUUUCCUUCCAUCCGGGGAAUCGGCAAUGAUAAGGACACCCCUCCAUACCUCCCCCCUUUCAAUAUCUUUCCAAAAAGGGACCUAAAAAAAAACAUUCUUCUCAUUUUCGACAUUUUUAAUAACAUAUACGAUGUAUACCAUGGCAACAUAUUUGAAAAUUCCAACUGGGCAAACUCCAUUGUAACACAAAUUGAUACAAAGCUUAUUGGCUACCUCAGCGAAAUGUACAAAAUUGCCCACCUGUAUAAAAUGUAUCAUUUCUGCUUCCAAAUUUUGGUACUCUGCCUUAUGUUUACUUCCAGGUUUUGGCUAGUUUACGUGUUUAGCGAGAAGCACCCAUGUGGGCAGCAGGGUGGUAGUAAUCAUGCCCGUUGGGGGGUGGAUAGCCAAUAUUGUCAACCUUCCGCUAGGGAGAAACGAAAGGUUGGGCGUAAGGCAAACGAGAGGAGCGUAGACGAGGACGCACUGUUUCGAAGUCGUACACACUUUGGACGUGGCGCGGGCAAGAGGGCCAAACCUAAAGAAGCUUCUCAAAACUCAAAUGAACAAAUGAGAGGAAGCUCCAAGCGAAGGAGAGCGUACAUACUAACCGGAAUUUAUAACAAAAUAGCGUCUAAAGGGAAGGGAGAUAACGCGAAAGAGAUAUACAACGAUUUGCACAACUAUAUGCAGAUGCUAAUCGUUUGUGCAUCCAUAUUUUACCUCACAUUUUUGUGUGUAGAAAAGAUACAGAAGAAUUUGAAAAAUGUUUUUUUUCUUAACUGCGCUAAUAGUUUGUAUAACUGUUAUGUCCAUUUUUAUGAGCACGUUGAGAAAUUCUGCAAGGGGCACUGCGAGGAUAAGCGCUACGCCUCCUCCUUCUUCUUCGACACUUUCCACUUGGACCUGAUAAACUUGAAACUCCAGGCUCACGUAAAGGCAGGAAGGUACAAGGCCGAAAUGAGAAAAGUGAAGAAAGGGCUAGGCGAAUCCACCGCGAGGGGGGGCGCACAGCCCCAAGGUGGGGUCACCACUAUGUCAAGCAGCGGAAGUGGUGGAGAAAGCAGCAGAAGUAGCAGAAGCGGCUGGGAUAACGCGCGGGAAGACGCAUUCGCCAAAUUUCCAUACCUCCUUUACUACAACGAACGCGCGGGCGCCGAAUGCGUGUCCGACUUGAGGAAGACGGAGAAGAAACACGAAAGCGAUGGAAAGAACUUUUUCAAAAAUAACAUUUGCCUAUAUUUUAAUAUGAUAAGAUAUUUGUACAAAAAGAGGAGCAAGUACUUCGGUUUGCUGCCCUUUGUCAAUUCGUACAUCAUCUCGAUAGUGACGCUCAUGAAAUUUACGAUGGCGAAGUAUUUUUCCAAUUUUAAUGUGUCGUCCGAUUUCUUUUCUCUAAAAUUUGAACAUCCAAUCCACCAGUUCGACAUGGACAUGCUGACAAAAGUAAAAAAAACGGAAGACGAAAAGGAAAAUGUCAAGUUAACCAACAAGGCGAUUUUGAUCAACCUGGAAAAUCUCUUCUGCAAUAUGUUCUUGAAUAAGGACUUGUGUUACCAAAUAAAAUUCGUUUAUACCUACUACAAAAAAAUUUCCAGCAUCAUGUUCAAAAUGAAUAAUUUUUUGCUCAGUUAUUAUUAUUUGAAGAAAAACAUCCUCUUCAUAUGCGAUUUGAUUUACUUCCCCGAAGUUGUUCACAACUAUUUGCUGCUGAUGAACAUCAUUUUGAAAAGUGGACGGCAGAGAAUCGAGUUGCUAACCCAGGAGGAGAUCUUCUUCGAGAACUUAAACAACCAGCUGAGCAUUUACGACAAAAAAAACUUGGACCAGCACGCAGGCGCGGACGCGGAUGCGGACGCAGUUGCAUACCCAGACGCAGUUGCAGACCCAAACGCAUACCCAGAUGCAGAUGCAGACACGAACCAUACAAAGGACAAAACCGCCAAAGAUGUGAACGAUUUUAAAAUUUAUGAAGACAGCGAUUUUUGCAAUAUCGAUUAUGUAAAAACGCCGCUUAACACCUACUUAACCAAGAGGCACAUUUACGAGUACAGAAAUCUGUUGACUCAGUUUUUGGCCUACUUAACCUUUUUAAUAAAAAAUCCUGACCAUUUUAGCAUAUUGUCGACGAAGCGUAGAGGGGAGGUACUCCACAUGUUGUGUCUAAUCCUUUUUACGAAGAAGAAAACGAGUUACUUUUGCUGCAGCAAGGCGCGUCCCAAAAAGUCAAAGGUGGUGGCUAACCCGCCAGAGGGAGGUACUAACGGAAAAGACAACUGCUGCGACUAUGGCAAUGCAAAACUAACAGGGGAAGAUUCCACAAAGCAGAGGAACACACAAAGGAGCGAUCACGAAAUGGUGGUACCCAACAAUGUUGCAAAGCAAAAUCAAGGCAACCACAAAAUGACCAAUUUUGAAAAGAACUUUUUAACAUGCUUCAACAACUGUAACGAAAAAAGAGAAGAAACGUUUUUUAACUUCUUCCUCGAAAAAUUAUUCAUCAUAAGUAACUUCGACACGGACCUAUUCGACGUCGAGUUAGACGAUGAAGAGCAAGUUGAGUCUCUCAUAAAGUCUCAAGUGUUACGUGAUGUAAGCAGUCUCAAUUUCGUCCCCCCAGGAGGUGCCCACUCGGAAGAGAGCUUCUUAAACCUGGGGAGUGAAAUUUCGAGUGAGCCAGAACAGGCAGUCCAAAACAGCAAAGGGGAGACAAAUCAGGCCAGCUGCAUGGAGGAAGCAAUUCGUCGUGAGUUCCACCAGAGGGCUUCUUCCCACAACUCGUUCAAGAUUAGCGACAUUUCCGUUUUGAACUACCUCUAUUUAAAUUACCACUUUGAGCGAAACUUAACCUACACGGAAAACUACAUUACUAAUAGACUUUUCACACUUAACUGCAAAAAAAUGAACGCCUAUUUUGUGAAAAUAUUGCUAUACUAUAUCAACUUGAUAUUUUUAAAAAUAAAAAAUAUUUUCUGCGAUGACUGCAUUUACACCAUCAAAAAGCAGCAGUUCCUUAACUCCUCGGCGAAUGAUUGCUCUAGGAACAUUUUUUUCUUCUUGUUCUUAAAACUUUUUCGUUUUUUCAAUUUUUCCAAGCGAACUUUGAGUGAGUUAUGCGUCAAUUAUUUCCCCGGAAAUGACAAUUACGCGGUUUACCUAGACGAACUAGUUGAGAGCAAGAAAAAUGGAGACCUCCCAGCAGAGCAGGUCUACGCGAAUGAUGGAAGGCACAUCACUCAAGAUACACACACACAUAAUGUGGGGGGCAAACAAAACAGCUGGGAUGAUAAUCCGGCAAGUGGACUAGACAAAAUGUUGAUGGUUAAUUUUUUGGAAAUCUUUUUAUACCCACAAAAAAAUUGCAGCUUUUUGGAGGUGCUAACUGUGUGCUAUGAAUUCUUGGCAAACAUGAAAGACGAUAAAGGGAAAAAACUCAGGAAGAGAAAUAAACACAAAAUGUACGCACUCCUAAAAAGGGCGAUUACCGAAAGGGGGGACCGAAGCAACCCACCUGUUUUUCAUUUCCAAACUGUACUGGUGCUCCUAUCCCUGCUGCUGCACUAUACCUGCAAAAGGUCGCUCGUGCAUGAAAUGAGGAAGGUCGCCCAGUUUUUCCUAGACUUUGUGUUUUUCUUCAUAGAGAACUUAAAGAACAAUUUGAUCAUACUGCAGAUAAUUGAGGCCUACGGGGGGGGGCACACAUGUGUAAGCACAGGUGGGAGCACAGAUGGGUACAGAGGUGGACACGCAAAGGAGCACCCACCUGAGAAUCGCUCCACCGCUGCACGGCAGACCCAAGUCAACCUGCUAAAAUUCUACUUCCGAAAAUUGCUGUCCCUGCUGUACCUCUACACAGACGAGCUGAUAUUGUACACCAUCAAAAAUAAUAUAGACCAAGAAAUCAGCCAAAAAAAUUACUACAGAAAGCAUGCGCACGAAAAUUUAAAUAUAGAAACGAUUAGUAAUUAUGAAUACAUAGGCCAACCGAACUUGAGCGAAUUUUGCUUCUACUGGGACUACGCCAUAGUGUCGAUGAGCCACGACAAGAGCGACCUGUACAUUUCGCGCUGCUUUAAGAACUUCCUCUUUGUGCUAAUUCGAAUCAUUAAGGGGGAGGCAUUAAGCCAAGAGGCAGAUAAUCCGGGCCGAUUCAGUGGGGAAAAUAAAGCCGCCGUCAAAGAGAGGGAAAUUUCUCAAGACAGUAGUAAAAAAAGGAGAGAUUCCCCCCCUGAGGGAGAUGAAGAAUGUUUCAAUUUUUACAAAAAAAUAAAUACCCUUUUUAGCGUUCUAAAUGAUGAAGAGUUAUGCGAGCGGUUACUCCUGCAGGGGGGGAAUCUCCCCCUAAGUGAUGACACUAUAAUGGGACACCUAAAUGAGAGUGUAAAAUAUUGCACAGGUUAUGCGCGCGAAGUGUACGCUGAGCAGGGUAAUUUGGGGCACAAUUCGAACGAAUACAAUGGAGCGCCUCCGGGGAAGUCCAUCCAGUGUGGUACAAUCGAAUGGGGAGGUAAACACCCCGGGGGUGACGCGACUAUCCGUGAAAGCGCCACACGUGGGAAAGAUGAGCAUAGCGAAGUAGCCACCCACGCGGGGAAACAUUUUGAAAAUGCUCAAAUGGGACCUGAGCAGUUAUCCAACCCGCACGCAGUAAAUAUCUUUUUCACUCCCAUGGGAAAAAGCGGAAUGGAGACAUCUAACGAGCUUAUCAAAUCGAAUAAAACGAACCGAGUUAGGAGUAGCAAUUCCUCUGCAACGUUUCUGCCGAAUGGGAAAGACCGGCUAGCCAAGGACAUCCAACUUGUGCGCUUCCUAUCUCGCCUGUACAGAAGUGCCGAUAGCUGCAUUGAGGGCAAAACGGGUGAAUACUUCCACGUAGAAAAAAUACACCUAAAUAUCGAAAGGUUCCCAGUUAGGGAGAAAUGGAAUUACAUAAAGAAAUUAGAAAAAAUACUAAAGCAGUAUCAACAUAUGAUAAAAAUAAUGUGCGAAAUAUUACACGAAUCGAAGAACGUAGAUCGGAGCAGAAGCAAUUUAAAGAUGUUCAUAGAUUUGUGGUGGAACAAUAGAUAUACAUUAGAGCAGCAUUUAAAGAUACUUAACUUAGACAUCUCCAACACUCUCGGGUUUUCCAUUCACAAAUUGAUGUCCAUCCCGUUGAUUUCUUUAAAUAUAAGAACCAAAAUAGUCCUAAACAGGAGUGCCAACUGGAAGGAUGACCACCAGAUGGAGGUUUCCAUUCGCAGUGAAAAAGACCACACACAGGUGAACAGCGCAUAUAACACCCUGUCAAUUGUUAAUAACCAGAAAUAUUAUUUGAGUACCAAUUUUGACCUAUUCGUGGUGCUAUACUACUAUUCUAACAUGCUCAACAUUGUAGCGUGGCUUAAUAAGUGGGGGAGGUACUUUGUUCCUCUCAGAUACUGGGACGGUACCCACUUUGUUAAUGUCCUCCUAAACUUGACUGUUUUUUCCAUCGUGAUGAAGAACUGCAAUGUGCAAAUUACGCAGGCGAAGAGGAAAUACCUAAAAUGGGUCGACACUGGGGGAAGCCGCUCAAGCAGAAUUAGCAAAGAUGGGAGCACCUUCAUCGGUAGCGUCAUCCGCGGAGACACCACUGAUGGGGUGGGCUCCUUCCCAGCUUGUAACCUAACGAAGCAGAGCCAUGAAAAUAGGGGGGCUCCCAAAAGUUUGAUCCCCAUUGACAAAAAAGUCGUGACGUCCUAUUUGCCCUUCAUUAAUAAGGACAUCGAGACGAUUCUACUUUUGGAGGAAAGGAAAAAAAAAAACAAAAGGAGAAGCAGCACAGUAGGUCAGCCAUAUAUACUCGAUAUAACCCCCCCAAAAGAAGCAGCAAAAGGGGAGGUCACUUCGAGUAUCCCUCGCUGGAGUGUAAACAUUGAGGGGGGAAACAAUCACCAUGAUGGUUGCCAAGCUACAUAUAGAAGCUUGCAAAGGGAUCAACCCGAUCAUGUGGAGGCCAUCUCAACCCUGGACAACAAGUACAGAAUUGUCAUACCCAAAGGGGAGAGCCAAUCUGCCUUCCCACACAACACCAGCAGUAGGGACAGUGCCAGCAGGGGCAACCCCCUCACUGGUGAGAUACGAGGCAGGAGAAGAACUAUCAAUAUUAUCAGCGAAGAGACGAAGAGUAGUAUAGACAGCUAUUGUGCGGGUAGCCAUUCGGUUUAUAAAAAGGAAAACCAAAGCAGAGAUCAAAAAAAGGUCAACUCAACAAUAUAUGGAUAUUUGAGCCCCCUAAAAGCGAACAAUUUUGAGCACUUGAAGAAUCAAAACCAAAGUGACAUGCUGACAAGGGAGGAAAAAAAAAAAAGAACUACAGUAGCAGGGACGUUAAAUUUAGAUCAUCUGAAGAAACAAGAUGAUAAAGAAGAAAAGAGUAAAGAAAAUAUUUAUUUAAAAUAUUUGGAUUUAAAAAAAAAAUGCGAUAGGGGGGUACUGAAAUGCUCUUUUUUAAAACUAAGGAUGUACCUGUAUAAUAUACUCAUAGACAUUUUCGAAAACAAUCACAUCCAUCCGAAGAACAUCUUUAACCUUUUUAACAUCAUCACCCAUUCGUUCGUUACGGAUGUGAUCAAAUGCACCAUGGUGGAUGAUGAGCUAGAUAGUGAACGAUUAACAUAUGUGAAAAACGUAGAACAUAGGAGAGUCAGGAAAAACCCCGUCGUUGUGUAUAUACAUAAUAAUUUGAAUAGACUCCCCUUUGAAAAUUUAGAGCCUUUAAAAGAUUCCUACAUCGUGCGCGGGGUGAACAAAGCGGUCACUGCGUAUUUGUACGAAAGGGUGUUGGCGAAGAUUAAAGUGGAGGAAGCCAAGCGGAAGGGGCUCUCCGUUUUGGGUACUCUUCGGGGGGAGAUGGACGCAGCGGCGGGGGAGGAAGAAGAAUUGGAGGCAGCCCGAGGAGCUUAUCAAAACGGUGGAACCCCCCAAAACGAUGACGAAUCGGACAAUUACGAAGACCAAAGUGAUGAUUUUCGAAUGGACGAAUACAUACAGCAGGAAUACUCAAAAAAGUGGAAAAUUGAUGAUGUGAAAAAUGUGGGCCAAAUGAACAGUACCCAUCGUAGCAGCGUCGAUUUGCGUUGUUCGCAUCCCUUCGAAUGGAAAAGGAAAAACGCCAAUGUGCCACAAAGCAUCAUAGGUGAUUGUACCACCUCCCAAUUGUGUAAUGCAAAAGGGGGAAAUGAAAACAUUUCCAAAAAGAAAGGAAGAAACUCCCUUUCGUAUAUAUCAACACACCACACGGAGGUCUCCAAAAGUGCAGAAAAGAAUAACGGUCAUUACCACCAUGAGCUUAACACAUGUCAGGUAAAACCGUUCAAUCGUUGUGAUGACCAGGGCAAGGCAACCUCCCAAGUGGAUCGCCACAACGGUUUUAGAGCCCAACCGAGAGAUACGCUAACUCCAUAUGGGCAGGAAACUCUCAACAGCGCAGGACACCUUGGCGCUAAUUAUGGCUCACGGAUUGUGCAGGCAAGGGGAAAGGGAAGAUACAGCCUGAUCGUUUCGAGUGAAGAGACAAAAGGUCAUCUCGAAAGGGGAGACAUCCCCGGUAAAGCCAAUCCCUGUGAAAGCGCCCCGGAUAAAGGCACAAAGCAGGUACGUGGGAAAGGGCGAAGUAAAAAAAACUCGCGCAAGAGUAUCUCCAUUGAGCACUCCUUCCUAAACCCCUUCAGUAAUAAUAAUAGUAAAAAGGGCCAAACUGGCAUGCCAUUUAGCGAGGAUCACUCAAACGGUAGAGCUGACUGCAGCCAAAAAAGGGAAAGAAAAACUGUAUACAACAGAUCAACAGAGGAGAAACACAAAUUGGGAUUAUCACAUUCUGCCAAAAGGAGGGGUAGCGUUAAGAAAAUGAACCCCCGUUCGUCAUGCCCGUCUCACCAUUCCCGCUCAUCCUGCGCGUCGCCUCCCCCUCCAUCCUCCGAAUCGGGGUCCGACUCCGGGUCCGAUUCCCUUUCAUCAGUGGAACUAAUUCAAAAUGAAGACGAGCUGAGAAAAAUAUUCAUGAGCGCUAGAAAAUCGAUGAAUAUUCACAACAUGAUGGGUUCUUACCAAAACGAAGAAUACAGCUUUUUUCGUUUAAAAAAAAAAAGAAAAAAAAGUGUAAGUGAAUCGGAAGCCUACUUUGAUGACGAAAAAAAGUUUUCAACUUCGUGCGUAGAAGAGGCUAAAAAGGAUAAUAAAAGGAGAAGCUACUCGGCCGACCCGGAGCAUCCUUCAAAGGCGUCCAAAAUGAAAUACGUAAAGUACGUUCCUUAUUAUAUUAAAAGUUCCAGGCUGGUUGAUCCCAAAAAGAGUAACAUUUUUUUUGUGAUUAACCCUAAUGGGGAUUUAAAAAGAACGGAAGACGCUACGUACCCUUUCAUAUAUUUUAAAAAUAAAGAAAAGUACAAGUAUAAAAAUUGGAAUGGAUACUUUGGCAAAGUGCCAUGCGAAAAAACGCUGCUAAAGCAUUUGUGCUGUGAUGACUUGUAUCUUUAUUGCGGCCACCAGGGGGGCGAGCAGUACAUCAAAAAGGACAUAAUUCAAAAUGCCAUUCUGCGCUAUGACGACCCGUUGGGGGAGGAGGCCAAAGAGGGCAACGCGAAAAAGGGGAAACCCAAAAAAGCGCAAAAUAGAGGUGGUGGAAUCACAAAAUGUAGUAGAAGCAAAGCGGGGAAAAAAGAAGAUCCCCCUUUUACUCAAAAAAAAGACAAAAGGAGAAGAUAUUCUUGCAAUUUUGAGGCAGGAAAAUGUACUGUGGAGAAGGGGGUUAAGAGAAAAUCUGUUGGAGAUAUCAUCCACAUCCAUGGCACUAGUGACAGCAGCGAUGCUCUAUGCACACAGACAGAAAUGGAAGAUGGUGAGAGUGACCAUGUUGGGGAUCCCCAUUUUUCGGCUACCCAAAAUGAUGGCAUAAACUCGUGCGUUUUUUUAAUUGGGUGCAGUUCAGGGUUGCUAUCUUCACAUGGUUUUGACUUGGACGUAUGGGGCACCCCCUACGACUACAUCGUAGGAGGGUGUGUUUUCGUUUUUGGGAAUUUAUGGAAUGUGACAGACGGAGAAGUGGACGGAUUUACACAAAACUUUUUCUGGAAAUGGACGCAGCCAAAUUCUUCCUCCCUAUUUUGCUCCAACUAUAAUUAUAACGCUGUCCAGAUGGCAAACGUUUCAACAUUUGGCUUUCGCUUCUUCGCAAAAAUGUUAAGGGGGUGCACUGAGGAGAGUGCACCUGGGGGGGGCUCACAAAUGGGUGUGCGCGAAGAAGGCACAGAAUGGAGCAGCAACUGCUGGAGGGAUGACGAUAGUGACCAUAACGGCGGUAGGGACGACGACCUUCUAAUCGAAGUGGGAGACAAUUUCGUUACACUCGAUUUCGACACGUACACAUACUUCAGAAAGAAUUAUUUUUUUUAUAAAUAUUUCCAAAAAUGCUACAAUUGCAACAUCGUUUUAAAUCAAAACCUUUUUAGUAUAAAUCAGAACCGGAAGUACUCCUGGCUUAGUAUGACAGAGGCUUUAGCGGAGGCCAAGCAAUUUUGCCGCUUACCAAACACGACGGGCUCGGCCGUUGUUAUUUAUGGCCUACCUUUGUAG